AAAUUAAGUUUAAUCGCUUAGUAAAUUGCGCAAUACGGAAGGUGUUUCGGCACAAAUUGAAAGUAAAGCUUUUCAGACUUUCGGCAUGAAGAGUUUGCUCUCGCUGUUUCCUCUUCUUUUAGCUGUAGAAUGUACAUUGCAAGUGUCCACCCCUUCUUCUCAAGUCACUGGCCUCCGCCACACUGAUGUCCUCCUACCUUGCACCUUUACUGACGAGCCAAUUGACCUCAAGUACCUGCUAGUCAUCUGGAAACAUGACAGUAUGGAGCUGGCAAGAUAUGAAUCGAAAAAGACAAAUAUGAAGAGCAUGGUGGAGCUCUCAGAAGAUGAGCUGCCACGCGGGAAUGCGUCUCUGCUCAUCAAAAAGGUCUCCAUCAGGGAUGAAGGAGAAUACCGAUGUGAAGUGAUCCACUCACCAGACUCCGGGAAGGCUGUGCUCAAUCUCAGAGUGCUAGCUCCUCCUGAAGUUGACUGCAAGCCCACGUUGGUCACACCAGGCAAGGAGAACAGCCUCGAGUGUACAGCCAAAGGCUUCUACCCCAAAGAAAUUGUUUUCUCCUGGUGGGACGGCGCCCAAAGCCCAGUGACAUCAAACCCAACAAACGUGAAGAGUAACGUCGAUGGAAGCUUCAACGCUACCAGCUACCACAGCUUCACCCCCUUGAGCAGCGACACCAAUGCAAACAUCUCUUGUGAGGUGGCACACGAGGCAUUGGGCAGUCUGGUUGUGGUGCCAGUGCGUGUGGCAUUUCGACGACGUGCUACUGUGACAGUCUCCCCUCAGACCUUAGUGAGGGGCAAAGAGCAGACACUGACCUGCAAGGUGUAUGGAUACUACCCAGACAGCGUGGAGGUGACCUGGCUGAAAAACGGGGAGCCCUACAGGAAACCAGUGACCCCGGGGAACCUAACAACCGAGGAGCAUCACUCAGUGACCGUCACCGACAAUAAAGAUGGGUUCUCCUGUCAGGUGGAACAAGAGGGCUUUGAGAGCCGAACCAUGGAGCUGGAGUACAACCUGAUAGAUGAGCACAUAAGUGUGAAAACCAUCGUUUCCAUUGCUGUCCCACUGCUCCUCGCCAUUGCACUCCUGAUAGGCCUUCUGGUCUUUUGGCUCCAAAGGAAAAGCCAAAGAGUGUACAUCUCAGAGAUCUUUGCCCCAACAAAGAUUUUUGUGGGAGAGCAGGUCACCUUGGAGUGCUUAUUUUCCGGACGGCAGCCAAAAGUUCAGGAACCAGCAUGGCUUGUGAAAUACAAGGGACAGGAAUGGGUGAAGAUUAAAGGAUGGCAAAGCGAAGGCUACACCAUCAGCACGGUGUUUUCGCAAUCAACUUAUGUUAUGAAGAACUCCGUCAGAGGAGAGUGGCAGCCCCUUGUAAGUGUGGGAAACAAGAAGGAAAAUUCCACCCUCCUGCAAUUUGUAGCUGAUAUCGCCAAGCAUGGUGAUGCGGUCUUCAAGUGUGAAAUCACAUGUGUGCAUCGGAUGUCCAGAACAACCAUUAAGCAGGAGAAAGAAAUUCAGAUUUAUGCAUUUCCCUCAGUAUCAAGCAUUAAAGAUGUGUCUGUCCAUGGAGAAAAGGAGGGGACAUUAUUGGUUGUAGCUACAAACUUUUACCCCAAAGACAUAAAGUUUGUGUGGCCAGUUUACAACCUCUCUAGCACUGAAGAGGCCACUCAGAACGAAGAUGGACUUUACAGUUGUCACAGCAUCUGCAAGGCGUCCUGGGAGGAUCUUCAAAACCCAAAUUUUAUUCUGCAGGUGGAAAUAAUCCAUGGGUCCCAGGAACCGGUAUAUAAGACCCUCUGCUGUGGCACACCAGGGAUUGGUGGCAUCCCAGAUGUUUCUUCAAUCAAAAUGAAUACACCUUUAGAAAUUGGACGGCCCUGCACUCUCAGCUGCAUGGUGACCGAUUUUUAUUUAAGACCCUCUCGGAUUGCUUGGGUUCAGAAAAAUAUCAGCAGUGGACAGGAGAUUGUGAGUGGGGAGGACAACUACUGGAACCCAACUAUUUUCCUGUAUGGUCCUUAUAAGAAGUACAAUAGCAUUUAUUACAUGGAGGCUCAGGCUGAGUUCACCCCUAGCACUGCUAACAUUGAGGAUAUGGACUUCAUCUGCAGAGUGGAGCACUCGUUACUGAGGGAGGCGGUUGAGCAGCGCACAGGACGACUCAGUGCCGCCCAUCGACCUACCGUGUCUGGCCUCAUACCUAUGCCACCCUUAAUGAUCAGCCACCCCUACGUGUUGACCUGUGAGGUUACUGACUUUUACCCUAAAGACAUGAAAGUGACCUGGCUUGUAAUGGAGAAGGAGAAGAAGCCUGUCGUCAUACAAGAGGACACCUUUCCCAACAUCACUGUGUCAGCCCAUCCGCCCUACCGGAGCACCAAUAACCUUUACUCCCUCGUCACUCAAGUGGAGUUCAUGCCACAAAAGGUGGAUCUGCACAGAAGCACCAUGAUCGUCCGGGUGGAACACAAAACACUCAACGAGUACAUUGAAAGGCAGUUUAACUUCAAGGACAAGGAUCUGUCGGGUAUCCAGUGUCACUACGACCGGCUCAUCAGGCAGCGUCUGUCUUCAGGGGCGGCCCAGGUGAUGUGGACUUGAUUCAAGCUGGAUGACACCAAACAGGUGAAGAUGUCACAUGGACUAAUUACACUAAG